ACAUGGUAUCCGCCCGGUUUUAGUGAGCUUCAACGAGGCAUACUGCAGACUCACGCCUUGACUCGGUCCCUUCACUGUGCAGUCUCGUUUGUAAUUUCUUCACACAAGCACCAAUGAGUGACUGCGGAGACAUCAAAGCAUUUUAAACAUCUGUCAACCCAUUCCUCUCAGGCUUGCCCCUCAAAGCACCCAACCGGCGGGAGGGUGUCGAGCACAGGCUGACCGGCACUGCUGGUGUUCUCACCAUGCCCAACAUGCAGCCCACAAUCCGCAAUGGAGGCCCGCCGGUGUGCCCGAUGUUUGUGCCGAAAUAUCGAGCACAACACAUGCGAAGAUCGGCUUCGCCAUGGCUAUUCGUGGUGCGACACAAUAGACGCACGACAAUAGACACAGCUACAAUUCCGACACACCAAGCAACAAUGUUUAUAGCCGUUAUUCGCAAGAUCAUGAAUGCCGGAACCUGCUGGUUAGAAACACCUUCCUCUGCGGGCGAGCAACGCCUGUCAAGGUGACAAGUGCUACUUCUCUCCGGCGUCUAAGAUCGUCCAACGAACUCGAAACUUCAAGGUCCCCAGCGCUGACCAGAAGAGUGCGAUCUCCAAGCCCAAGAGGUAAGCGCCCAACCUCUGUCUAUGCCUCCUCCAUCCCUUCCAUCACACACCCAUAUACUCUCAAGAAGAUCCCCAGCUGAUGUACCCCAGCCUCCCCCAGCCAGCUUAUAGCAACCCCAAGACCGCACAAAGCCACAAGCCACCGACGAAAAGCAUGUGCUACAUGAAGCGCAUCUUCUGGGCCUGCGGCUGCGCGCUGCCGCCCAUCGUCUGGCGGGCCUGCGCGGCCGCGGGCACGCCGGACUGCCAGCGCCGGCACCUGCUGGACCGCAUCCGGAUGGCCGAGCCCUGCCCCGCCCACCGACCGGUGUCCGCCGCCCCGGCCGGGGUCGCGGCCAGCUCGCCCCGGCGCCGCGUGGCGAACGGCCGCCGCCGCGGCCUCCCGCGCCUCCCGCGCGUCGUCUUCAUCCACCGCGGCAGCGGCAGCGGUUGCGGCAAUUGCGGCACUGUCAACGGCGUCUGAGGCUCCGUUCGUUCCUUACGGAGCUCA